AUGUCUACUUCCAAAAUUCCUACAUUAGCAAGGCUUCAAAAACAAAGAUUAUUGAUACUUUCACUUAAAAAAUGGAUUCCAAAACUUCGAUAUUUGUUGUUUAUUAUAGGAAUCUGUUGGUUUUUUGUAUUUCCACUAGAAAAAUAUAAUAAACAUACGUAUAUAUCAGAGAAUGCACUUCUUCCUGGUCAGGUCAAUACAUAUUAUAGUUGGUCGAAUGUUUUUGAAGCUGCAGACUAUCGAGAUCAAAUUGAAUCAGUGUCAAAUGCAUCCAAGAUAGAGUAG